AAUUGUAAUAUUUUAAUCCAUGUUGCUAAAUUUGGCAUCGAAUUAAAUUUCAAUAAAUCAAACCUUUGGCCCUUUCUUUCGUAACCUACUAACCUAAUUUAUGCUAAAAAUUUUAUACCAGUGGUCCCAUUCGACAUAUUCAGCGUUCUUUGCUUUUCGUUUCAGAAUAGUAAAACUUCUUUAUCGGCUUUAUCUUUUAAAUACUUCAAACUAUUGUGAUCUAUUGAGGCCACAAUCAGAGAACCGGAGAACGUAUAUAAUUUACGUUCUCUAAUAAAACUGACAAUUUCACAUGUGAGCUCUGAUGAAGUGAUAGUUUAUGGUCUGUAGUGUAAUCAAAACAUAAAUGUAAUAAAUAUGGAGACAUUCAACUCACAUCCCGGCUUUUGUCCAGUAUGUGGAUCCAUUCUUCCUCAGUUAAAUACAGUAGGAUAUGUUGUAUGUUACAAUUGCAAAAAGGAAUUUCCCCCUGACGUUUUUGGAUCAGAAGACGUUGAGUACACUAUACACUUUAACAGUUACAAUCCAGAAAAGGUAUUUGACAAAACUAAAAGCUACCCAGAUGAUGAGGCAGAAGGGCCGGUUGUUGAACGCAAAUGUCCAAAAUGUGGCAAUAUGCAAAUGUCUUAUGCGACACUACAGCUGCGUUCUGCUGAUGAAGGGCAAACUGUGUUCUUUACAUGCCUUAGGUGCAAGUUUAAGGAAUCCGAAAACUCAUAACUUCGAUGGAAGUUUUAUACACUAUAUGUGUUUUAAUUUAGGUUAUUUCAUUGCACUAUUUGCACUACAUAUACAAUUUAUUUAUAGUAAAUGAAAGUUCAAUAAAAAACGCUAUGUCGCAUUUCUUGUGACUAUUUAUC